AUGUUGUAAACUCUAUUUAUUGUCGUUUUGCUAUUUCUGCUUCUAACUUUUGUUGGAAUAUAUUUGAGAAAAUAUCUUAGAAACAAACCACUGAAAUUCUAAAAUUAAGUAUAAGGAGAGAUAUUUUCUGAUUUUCCAAUUAGCUUCUCUAAUCAACAAGGUAAUCCUGAUGCUAUAGAAAAAUUAAAUAAUAAAGAAAAUGUAAACAUGAAAUUUUCUAAGACCACAGUUACACUUGGCAAAAAUAAAAAAUCGAAAGUAAACAAAGUUUAAUUACCUGAAUUGGAGGCAGCUUUUUAAUUUGAUGCAGAUAAUGAAAAUGAUAAUGAUAGCAUGAAGAAUUCAUCUGUUACAGAUAAAUAAUAAUAAUUAAGCUCAAAAGAAUAAGAAAUGUUUAAUUUUUAGCAUAAUUCCCAUAAUCUUGAAGAAUUAGUCACACCAACUUAAGUUAUCUGUUAGGAGGUUUGA